AUGUGUGGCAUCCAUGCUGCUAUUUCCUCAGCUGCACAAUGCCCCAUCUCUUCGGCCCUGGAACGCCGUUUGCGGAACCGUGGCCCUGAUCAUCUAGGGACGGUCACAACAAGAGUUGGCGAUAAGGAUGCUAUAUCACUGUCAUUCACGUCGACAGUACUUUCUUUGCGGGGUGACUAUAUUGCAAAGCAACCGCUAGUGGACGAUACUACCGGCUCUGUGCUUUGCUGGAACGGAGAAGCCUGGAAGAUCGACGGUCAAAAGGUCCAAGGCAACGACGGUGAAGCUAUCCUGUCUUUGUUGAGCUUGGCCAGUCGCCAAUCUGUGGAGGACGAUGGAAGGGGCGUGCUCGACACCCUGAGAGCGAUAGAAGGCCCAUUUGCUUUUAUUUUCUUUGAUAAACCGGCGAGGCGUCUGUACUAUGGACGAGACCGUCUAGGACGGCGAUCCUUGCUGGUCAAGCCUGGUGAACCAUUUCUCUUGGCAAGCAUAUCUGAUGCCUCCACCACUGGCUGGAGCGAAGUCGAAGCAGAUGGAAUAUACACAUUACAUGUCGGUGGCAAUGGAAUCGCGCCAGAACAUCUUGUUCCUGCUCGUCUUGAUUGGGUUGAGGACGACUCACUAAUAUCGGGAAUUGGCGCCUUCAAUACUUCAAUUCCAGUAGAAUCUGAUCGCCUCACCAGGCAGGCUGAUGUCAUUGCGCAUUUGCGUAAUCACCUAACUGAGUCUCUGCAAUUGCGAGUGUUGCAGGUGCCCAUACCUCCAAAAGCGUCACCAACGGAUGCCAGAAUUGCAGUAUUGUUCUCCGGAGGCUUGGACUGCACUGUCUUGGCCCGACUUGCAAGUGAUCUUUUGCCACCAGACCAGCCUAUCGACUUGCUUAAUGUGGCCUUUGAGAACCCCAGAAUCGCCGCCCAGAACAAGGGCACUUCUCAAAAUGAGUUGUAUGAGCUGUGCCCAGAUCGCAUAACCGGGAGGAAAUCAUUUGCCGAACUACUCGAGGCUUGUCCCAUGAGAAAAUGGCGCCUCGUGAAUGUACAGUUCUCGCUGACCACAGAACACCGAUCAGAAGUCAUUGAACUAAUAUACCCUCAUAACACGGAAAUGGACCUAUCCAUAGCCUACGCUCUUUAUUUUGCCGCAAGAGGCAGUGGUCUCGCACAGACCAGCCUAGAAUCCCAACCAGAAUCAUAUACAACCACUGCUCGGGUCCUCCUCUCUGGUCUAGGUGCGGACGAACUCUUUGGCGGCUACAUUCGGCAUGAAACAGCAUUCAACCGCCAAGGGUACGUCGGCCUCAUUGAAGAGCUCAAGCUCGACGUAAGCCGUCUUGGGAAGAGAAACCUCGGACGCGAUGACAGAGCCAUGGCCACUUGGGAGCGAGAAGUGCGCUUCCCCUACCUCGACGAGGACUUUGUAAAAUGGGCCAUUGAGCUACCAGUCGCAGAGAAAUGCGACUUUGCCAACAUCGACACCAGCGACAACCGGGGCGAGACACCUGAGCCGGGCAAGCGAGUGCUACGCUUCCUUGCCGAAGAACUAGGGAUGAGCGCCGUCGCGCGAGAGAAGAAGCGUGCUAUACAAUUUGGAGCUAGAACGGCCAAGAUGGAGAGUGGCAAGGUCAAGGGCACGACUCUCAUUUCGCCGUGA